AUGGCGGUCAACAGGCUCGCCAUUCGUGUCUUCAAAUCAGAAGUAAUAAAAUCUUGUUGUUUUCGGCAUACAGGACGUUUCUUCUGCAUUAAACCUCUUGGAUUGUCAGAACAUCUCCGUCAAUUUUCAGUCCAGGGUCAGGGAGCAAGCAAAGUGAACUUUUUAAAGAGAUUUUCACCACGUUAUAUGCAGUAUGGGAGGUACUAUGAGAAGGCGAAGGAGAGAAAAGGUCCCUCGCUGAAGACAUGGUUGUAUGUCGGUGCUGGUUUAAUAUUAGGGAGCGCUGGUGCUGUUAUUUACCUUGGCUGGCCAGAUACAGGAAUCGAUGGAAAGAGUCCAGUUGCCUACAGUAAUGAGCCCUUUCCUAAGUCAUAUCUGUACCGUGCAAGAGACAUAGUAAAGGAAACAUGGGAGCUAUUUUCAGAACCAUCCAGUGAAAUACUUCUGCCAGAGCCACUCACAGAACCCUAUUAUCAACCACCGUACACAUUGGUCCUGGAAAUGACUGAUGUCCUUAUUCAUCCUGAGUAUGAUCGCCAAAGUGGUUGGAGGUUUCGCAAAAGACCUGGGGUGGACGCAUUUCUUUCUCAAUGUAAAACUCCGUUGUUUGAAAUCGUUGUAUACACACAUGAAAAUGGAUUUGGAGCUAUGCCAAUUUUGGAAGGACUGGAUCCAAAUGGUUUCAUCACGUAUCGUUUGUUUCGUGACGCGACGAAAUAUACAAACGGUACCCACGUCAAGGACUUGGGCAGUUUGAAUCGAGAUUUGUCAAAGGUCAUCAUGAUUGAUUGUGACGCAAAAGCAACCGUUGGUUAUGAAAGAAAUACGAUUGUGUUGAAGAAAUGGACCGGGGAUUCAUCGGAUCGGACCCUGUUUGAUCUAACUCCGCUUUUGCUUGCGAUUGCAACUUCCAAAGUUGAAGAUGUGCGGACAGUUUUGGAUUAUUAUCGAAGUGAAGAUGAUGUUGUUGAAGCUUUCAAGCGAAACCAAGCGAAACUUCGUGAACAACAAGAAAUUCUAAAUCAGAAACAGAAAGAGCAAGGCAGCCAGUGGGGUGGUCUCUUUGGUGGGAGGAUAUUCGGAGGUGGAAAGUCAUCUCAGAAUUUGAAAAGGGAAACGUGAGAAAUAGGGGAGAGAAGAUAUGAAUUGUGAAGAACCCUUCCCCUGCAUCUGUGGACAUACAAACAAUUUAGGAUGUACCAUGAUUAGCAAUCGCUAUUGAAAUAUGACCGAACUUUUGGCUUGACUGAGCAACCAUUGGUCACCCUGUAUUUUGAAUAAGUACUCUGUACCACUACAAAUGCAAAUUACUUUUAUAUUUUGUAGAAAAUGCAAAAAAUACAAACAUCGAUAUUUGAUUUCAGUUCGCAAAUAAAAGAAACCCAAUUU